AUGAGAGAUAUCUAUCAGUUUGGUCUCACAUAUACCGAUUCGGAAGGUCCCCGCGGCCGUACUGGCCGGCCUGAGACGCCCUCCUCCUCUGCGAACUCGUCUCGUUCUCGUCGCAGCACCCUCUCCCAGCGUGUCCACUUUGAAGAGCCCGACAUGUGCAACCCGCUGGCAUCUCCUCGUUCUGACGUGACUGUUACUCCAGUCCCGGUGUCUGUGCCUGCCAAAUCGACCAACCCCAAGGUUGGUUUGCCUUCGACGAGUGUUGCAAACAGUAGUGUGCAGUCCCUGGACCAGUUGCCUGCACCUUCACAAGACAAGCGUAACGCGUUCGCCCAACGCAAAGCAAAAGCCUCUGCCCCCUCUGUCCCGCCUGCCCCUUCUGUUCCCUCUUCCCCCCACCCUCUUCGCUCUUCCAUCCGUUCUUCUUCCAUCCCACCUGUUCCUCCUAUCCCUGCCUCGAUCCUGAAAAAUCGACCUGGCAAUCUCGCUGUCCCCCAAAUCAAACCUCGUUCCUCUUCUGCUCCGCCAUCUCCACCCAAGAUGGCUGACAGCUCCAAUGUUCCGGAGGGCAACAACAAGCCACUCCCCUUGUCUCCUUCCAGCAGAUACGACCCUCACACGCCGAGUCCGCGUACACCCAUCUUCAAAAAAGAUGGCCUGCGCCGUCCCAGCCUCAGUCCAAUGGAACGUACGACUGGUGCCAGUUCCACCACUGGCAGUCCUGCCACUCAUCGUUCCAGCUUGACCCUCAAGGAUCUUCCUGAGGCUGUUCGAUGUCUCCAGUACAAAUAUGAGACAGACUUCAAGCGACUCACAAAGAAGAUCGACGAUAUCGAGAAGCUCGAACGGAAAGUUGAUGACUUUGUUACCUUGACUCGAGAAUACGUCCAGGAUCAAAUGGAUGCCCAGUUUGACCGCCAGUCUGAGGUGUCUCUCGAAAUUAUCAACGCGAGAUGUGACGCGACUGAAGCCAAGGAGCAAGUUCACGACCUCAAGGAGCAGGUCAAUGAGAUCAAGGAGCAAAUUCACGAAAUGCGACUUGAAAUCAACGGACACACCUCGACUGUCAAUGACCUGAGCGCCAAAGUCGACAUGUGUCUCACCGGAAUCUAUGACAAUACCGCAGAGCCGUUUGUGGUCUACCAGCGUCGCAAGAACAAGGAGAUCGACGAAGAUAUUCAAGACAUCGGAGAUCAAACUGUCGACCAGGGAGCGAAGAUCGACUACCUGAGACAGCUGGUCAUUCGCACUCAGAUUGCUCUGAGAGUCUUGCAGCACGAGCACGGUCUUGAGAUUUCUGAAGAUGUGGAAAUGAUUCUUCCACCCACCCCUUUGCCUGUACGCGACACCGUUCCACCUACUGGUACCCUGAGAACUCUUGCGUCCUCUGCGUCUGCGGCAAUUCCACCAGCAAAAGCCGCUGCUCCAGCACAGAAUACUCCUACAGCAAAGAGCGCUUCGCAAGCAAAGGCCACUCCGCCAGCAAAUACCAUUCCGCAAGUAAAGGUCACUCCUCCAGGAGUAACUCCGCCAGCAUCAGCCACCGGAUCAGCAACAGCCAGCGGAUCAACAACCAUCACUCCGCCAGGAUCGUCCACCGUGAAGCCGAGUUCCAUCCCACGGCGUAAGAAGAAGAAGAGCUCGAAGAAGUCUUCCAGCGUGUCCUCCGGCUCCACUGUUGCGAACCAGACCGCUACCACCGAGGAAGAGACAGCUCCCCCUGUCCCCCAGGUCCCCCACGGGAUCAUCCUGCCCCUCGAUGCUGCCCGCGACACGCCCAAUAUCCCUCUGGGCCACAUUCACCCACUAUACAGGCCACAGUUCAGUGGGAUGAACGCGGAGGACAUUCCCGCGGCCGCUUCUACCCCCCGGACCGAGGAGCGUUAA